AUGGAUUCCUGGAAACUAGCCUUGAUUGGCUUAGGCGUAUUCUUUGUCUUGAGUGUCAAUAUUAUCGUCGUUUAUUUCUUAUGUUAUUAUAGAAAAAAAAGAAGAUCAUCCACCACAGCUAUUGAAGCGGAUAUCCAGACGUCAAAAGCCCACUCCAAUAACCAACAUACAAAUAUUUCAAUUACUACACCGCUGGAUGAAAAUAUAGACUUGGAAAAACAGACUGCACCUAAGAGAAGAAGUAAGAAACCGCAACAGAAAAAAGUCAAAAACAACUCUGCUAACAAGAUCGAGACCACACAAGAACAGCAAGCGAGCAGUCCUGCUACCUCUGCACCCAACACACCUACGCCUUCCAUGAAAAUACAGUAUCAAAAAGAACUGUAUGGAGGCUCUCAACAACAACAACAUUUACAACAUAACCAAAUACUUUUGCAGCAUCAUCAUGGAAAUUAUCAUCAGUUGUCUACCAGUCUAUCACCGCCAAGAGCCAGUAGUAAGCCUACUAUUACAACAGCAAACAAAACACAAGCGAUGGUGUCAUCUGCUUCCUCGGUUAUUAAUUCGCCAUUACAAAAAUUACGCGUUUUUUCCUUAUCUCCAGACAAUACAAAUAUACCCGAAACAAUUGUUGUAGCUUCGCCUAACCAUAAUACAAACAAUGAAAAAGGAUUAGUAGAAGAGGAUUAUAGCGUUACAGACCGACAGAAUUCCUAUAAUGAUGAUCGUCAAAGUCGAGCAUUAAGCAGUACAAGUCCACAUCGACUAGAUCAAUUCAUCGCUAAUAAUGCCGCCUCACCACCUCCAAAUCUUUUGAUACCAGACGAUGUGCUAGAGGCACUGGAUUGGAGAGGACCCACGCCUCCAUGGACACAAUAUACAACGCCUCAACCGCAUUUGUCUACAGCAUCUCGCCAUCAAUAA